CACAGCUGGCGAGUUGCUAAUAAAGACGAAGAAGAAGAAAUCGUGCGACUUCCGGUGCUAUCAGAUUUGAGAAACCCGGCGCGAAACAUUUAUUUUGGUGACGCGACAGUAAACAAAGACAUUUCUGAUGUGUACAACGGGGGACAAUGGAGAAAUAAUCAUUCUCAGUGAUGAUGAUGAAGAACCUGACCGAUCGUGCAGUGACGCCUCAGUUCUCAUAGUGGAGGUGGAGGAUAUCAAGAAGAAUGAUGUUGUGCUAUCUCAAAGUGCUCUGGAUGAAGACCUGGUCAUCACAUUCUCCCGCCGUGCUGAGGUGCUGCCUCACGCACGCUACGACUGUCCCAUUCAUCCUUUCACGGCUACAGAUUGUGAGGUGGCUUCUCCUGUGGCCAGUAACCAGCUCUUAUGUGACCAGUGCUUCUGCUACAUCUGUGACAAGCUGGCGUCAGUGUGUGUAAUGUGGUGUCAGAGCGGCCUGUGUCACUGCAACAGCCACAAAAGGAGCGACUUCUGGAGCAACCAGCGGAGCAGCUCACUGCUGGGAGGACUGAAGCCUUUCAACCUCACUCUGUCUGAAAUAGAUGCUCACCUCCGUCUUGCAGAGACAAUGCUUCAGAGCUUCAGACAAGAGCUCUAUUUACAGUUGUCAAUCUUCCUGAAAGGAAAGGUGUUUCAAGGAGGUUUGAACCUUCCAAACCAGCUGGACAUCAUCUAUGAUUACACGCACGUGUACGAGUUUGUGUCAUCGUUCCUCAACCAAGCAGACAAACAGAACGGCAGAGCUGCUGCCAUCAUGGGACUGGGAGCCGCAGAACAAUUUAUUAAACAUUUUCAAUCCUCAGGAGGUUACAUCCUGCACCCGUUCAUGGCCAAUGUCAACCAGGCUAAAGUGGUGCUAUUGCAGAGGGUUGUAGCGUCGGUGCAGAGACAGAUCGUGAUGGAUGAUUUUACUUCAGAUUUCAUCCACAAACUGCAGGUUUUUUACACAGACAGAGUUUUACCAGCUGAGCUGAAAAGCAUGAAGAACAGUCUGAGUAUUCGUCCCUGGGAUGACAUCCUGCUUGUGACGGUGCUGAAGGGACAGAAUGUGUCUGGCGUCCGCAAAGACAAAGGCAAGAAGGACGUCCUGUUAGAACAGAUUCAUAUAGUUCAACUGAGAACAGAGCUGCUGCAGCGACAGCACAGCUUCCAGCCGCUUCAGGACCUCAUACCUUACUUCAUGUGCCUGGAGGGAGAAUUCAUGUUGGCCUGCGGGGCUUUGGUGCCGCUGCUGAACGCCCCCGCCUCGCGCCUCACGCCGCUCCUCUUCCUCUUUUAUCUCCGCAUCUUUGAAACGGCGAUGGCACCAAAGCUGGUGGUUAGUCAGAUGACAGAGCUCUGCCAUUCUGAUGCCACAUGGGAGCCAAUUGGAGAUGCUGUUCCACUGAAGCGUGCUGAGCUGGUGAAGUUUGCUCUCCGGUUUCAGAGUUGCUGCUCUGCCGUCUACGCUGACUCGGAGUGUUGGACCCGUUUACUCACGCUGGUCAACGUACCCUCCUGUGGGUCAGUCACCGCUCUUCCAGCCCCUAACCCACAGUUUCUGCAAGAAGCAAAGGCCGUUGUGAAUUCGAUUCUGUUCAAGCCGCAGGGGUCAAAUAUACAGAUCCCACGUUUCUUUCAGGAGGUUUACCCAGAUCAGGCCUUGUUGCUGUUGGUUACAGGAGCUUUAGGUUUGAGAAUCCUCAGUGCUGCUCUGACUCCGGCUCUCCCUGUCCUCAACACAUUCAAGGAGAACGUGUGGGCCCUCUGGUGGCUGUGGGACACUUUGUCCUCCAACGCAGAACGUCUCAACUCCUUCUUACAGGAGGUCACGCAGGAGGUGGAAAACACAACGGAUGGGGAUAGUUCAUUACUGUUUCUCCGCUCUGUCACACCCACUCUGUCUUCUUCAGCAGAGAACUGGGAUCACACCUACUGCAGCCCAGCAGUGGUUAAUCUCUUCUCCUCCCAAGUGAAGGCCCAGUCGCAGUGUUAGCGAUUGUCCUGAUUGCACAUCGACACGCUCAACAUCUUGAAUCGCCACGGUUACUGCAACGUCUCCACCACAGAGUCGAGCACUGAGAGACUUCAACCUCACGCAGAAGUCAGAAGGAUCAUUUACACUAAAUGCUGCUUUAUUCUUUCAUGAUCUUUUUUCACGGUCUGAUCUGAACAGGAAAAAAGUUUAAUCCGGCUCUGUGAGAUUUUCUUUUCUUUUAAUUAAAUGAUUGUUUACUUUCUGGAAACACUUUUAGAUAUUCACUAUUUUUAUUGAGACAUUUAUGUAACUGUAAAUAAAAAAAGAAUAACAGCUUUAUGAAUCGAAUGAGUGGAAGAGAAGAAGAAUUACGUCUCGGUCGCUCUGGGUUAUUGUUUAACAUUUUGAAUUCCCGUGUGAAGAAUGUGAAAUUUUCAGGGAACGUAAACGCACGUUAAAAUCAGCUCCAGCUUGUGACGUGAAA